UUUUAUUACAUGUUCAAUCUUGCAUGUUAAUGUUUAUCUAUAUUGUUUGAAAUAAACACGUUCGUUGUUCUUCUGUUUGCGGCAGACAUUACGCUCGUAUUGCCAAGUAAUAAAACAGGAAUGAGGUUAAUGUUGUGAGUUUGUAUUCAACAGCGCAAUUGAACUACAACCUGUUUUAUCUAAGAAAAAUGUUACUUUAUUGACAGGUAUCACACUUCAGAGAAUUCCAUUUAAGUCUCUUGAUAAUUGACAUUACUUAAAGCAAAUGUUCCAGGAACUGUUUAACUCAUCAUGCUGUGUUUGUAUGUAUCUCACGUUGAUAAAUAGAUUAAACAAUUUCAUAGUUAUAACAGGAGAGUACAACAAGGGAAUUAUGGGAAUAGAAAUAUUUUGUAUAUGUGAUAGGUAUUUAAAAUGAAAAAGAAAACAUUCGGAGGUAACAUUGUGAUCAUAAUAGACAAGUUAUUUUGGACCAAGAAGAUUCGUUUACUGAGACAUGUCAAACUCACGGACAAUUGUGAUUGCCAUAGACGACAGUGAACAGUCGCUGAAUGCCUUUAACUUUUACGUUGACAACGUUAACAAAGUUGGCGACCGUGUCAUUCUUGUGCAUGUUCCAGAAUACAGUAACGUUAUAACUGAUUCGUCAUUGCUAACAGACACACAAAUCCUGGCGGAGCUAAUGAAGGUGACAGAGGAGAAAACACGAAAGCUAGAAGCAGAUUAUAUUCUGAAAAUGAACGAGCUGCGGAUCAACGGGUCAAUGAAGCAACACUAUGGUACUCCUAGUGAAGCAAUAAUAGCGGUUGUUAAUGAGGAGAAAGCAGAUCUGUUGAUUCUAGGAUCGAAGGGACGAGGAUUUAUCCGACGCACAUUUCUAGGGAGUGUCAGUGAUUAUUGUCUUCAUCAUUGUAAUGUUCCUGUUAUAAUUUGUCCACACAAGGCUCAGAAACACUCAAGAGCAGACUUUAAACCAGAUAAAAAUAUCAAUUAAAACAGAAAUAAAAAAAUGUUAAUAUACAAAUCGUGUUAAAUUUUUGUUUUACACCCAACUAUCGUGACGGUCGGAGAUAUACGGAUAGACAAAAAACGGCAACUGUAUGCACACACGUGGAAGUACAUAGCGAUUUAUCUUUAACAUUUCUUUUAACUUUUCAUAAAUCCUCUUAUAUUGAUUCU